AUGGCUGGAUCCGGAAAGACCCAACUUGCCCUCAGAUAUUGCGAGAGGCAGUCCGCAAGACGACGAUUUAUUUUUUGGAUCAAUGCGGAGAGCGAGCAGAGUACAAGAAGAGCAUUCAGCAGUCUUGCCGAUGACUUUGCAGCUCAAAGUCACAUCGUGAUGACGUCCUCGGACUUAGAUGCGAAGGUUCGCUAUGCUGUACGUAGUAUGAGCGAUCUGAAGUCGCCUUGGAUAUUGGUCUUUGACAACUACGACGACCCAGCAAGUUUUCCAGGUCUCCGAUCCUUUAUGCCAUCCAUAACAUCUUCCGCAUGUGGUACCGUGCUAGUAACCAGUCGUCAUCUAGAUGUUGUUCGACUUGGAGGUAGCAAGAUUGAAGUCGGGCCAAUGGAGGAAGAAGAAGGAAUCGACCUCCUUCUGGCUCGAGCUUGCCCCUUGGUCUCGACCGAAAACCGGAAUCUUGCGAGGCCAAUUGUUUGCCGUCUUGGUGGCUUAGCCCUCGCAUUAGAUCAAGCUGGUAGCUAUCUACAAAAGACGAGAAUACCGCUUCCGGACUUCAAUGAGCACUUCGAGGCACAAAAGAACUACAUGUUACGACAUACACCUUUAUUGUGGAACUACACGAGACAGUCAGGAGAAGGAGAAACCGAGUCAAGAUUAAAUGUUUUCACCACUUGGGAAUUGUCGUUUAAAUUUCUUCAAAGAAUUUCUCGACCAUACCAAGUCGAUUUCACGAUGCUCUUGGGCUUUCUCCACUGCACCAGCAUCUCUGAAAAGCUGUUUCGAAUUCACCACAAGAGCAUCUGCCUUCCACUUGAGUCAGAAGGUGCCACAGCAGAAUUCACUAACUCUGGUUCGCAGACUUGGAGCGAAGGCUUUACUGAUCAAGUUGGCAGAUGGAACUGGAUCUCGUUCAGAACAUUUUUGUCUACACUGCACAACCUUUCCCUUAUUCAGGGGUUCUCAGUAAUAGAGGACAAGAUCUGCUUGUUUGCUUUACACCCAGUGGUUGCUGACUGGAUUAAACUGCGGGUGGACAUUUGUGCGCGUAAGCGAUAUACGAUCGAAGCUGCAAGCAUUUGCCACAGCGUUAUCGUUUCUGAUGAGCUCUCCGAGUUCUCACCGAAAGACAAGCAAGAUCUCUUAAGGCAUAUGGAUGAAUGUCUUAAGAAUGAAGCCUUCGACAGGGCAGAGCUCUGCUCACAGACGAUCAUAGUCAACUCUUUCGCAGAUUUCUAUCACUCCCAAGGACGUUAUGAACAAGCUGCAGGCUUAUAUCAGCAGUUGCUCGAGCAUCCAUUUUGCGUUGAUCCUAUUCAGCAGGCGCGAAUAAAUCAUGUGUUGGCCAUACUUUAUCAUUCUCUCGGCCGGUAUCAGGAUGCAGAGUCUUUGCACAGACGUGUACUAGCGGAGCGUGAAGCGCAUCUAGGAAGGGCACAUAAGGAAACCCUAUGCACAAUCGAAUCCCUGGCUAAUCUCUAUCGAUCCGGCGGGAGGUAUUCAGAGGCGGAAAACUUGUAUACCGAGGUUCUCAAGGAGCGCGAGAAUCUACUUGGCGUAGACGAUCCGGAUACCAUGCAGGUUGUGUCAGAGCUCGCUAAUAAUCGCCGAUCUGAAGGUCGGUAUGAGGACGCUGAAAACCUAUACCGUCGAGCACUGGCAGUCUACGAAAGCAAGCUGGGUCAUCAUCAUUCCACAACAAUCACCUUAGUAAAUGACAUGGCAAGUUGCUUUCAAUCUCAGGGCCGAUACUUCGAUGCUGAAGUCAUGUACCUGCGGGCUCUGAAGGAGCGCAGGACGAAUUUGGGGGACACACAUCCAGAUACACUUUGGACUAUGGCAGAUCUCGCAAACAACUUCCAGUCGCAGGGACGAUAUCACGAGGCGGAGACAUUAUACCGCAAGACAGUGUCAUGCGAUGAAUUGGUAUAUGGGAUGGACCACCCAGAGACUCUGUGGGCGCUCGAUGGUCUAGCUAAUGUUGUUCGACAGCAACAUCAUUACGAUGAAGCGCAGAGUUUGUACGAACGAGCACUUUCAGGCCGUGAGAAGCGCUUGGGGUUCAAUCACCAUAACACUUUACGGACUCUGGUGGGCUUGGGACUGGUUUUUGGAGAACAGGGUAAAUUAGAUGAAGCUGAGCCCUUGUAUGAACGUGCUCUUCAGGGUUUUCGACAGCAGUUUGGCCCCGACCACCCAAAGACCCUCAACGUAAUCCACAUUUUGGCACAGAAUUAUGCCUCGAAAGGAGCAUACACAGAAGCAGAAGAGCUUUAUCUUACUGCUCUUGCAGGCUUGAACAUCCGCCUGGGUCCCGAUCAUGCUCGGACUUUGCAGGUGGCUCAUCAUCUGGAAACCUUGUCGUGUAUUCCAGAGUCUCAACUGCACACAUCUUGCAGUUGA